AGGUUAUCAUGAGCUCUGCGUCUCUCCAAACAUUCACAAGAUGAUUGCAAACAGCGAACAGUAGAAGUGUUACAACAGAGGAUGAUGCCAGAGGUGCUCCACGCUGCAUCUGUCUCUCCGACUCUGUGAACACAGACGGUGCACUGGAAGAGCCGUGCGACAGGAAGUUUGUGUGUAUGUGUGUCUGUGCUGCUCAGUGGGAUGGUUUCAGAUCUCCCUAAAGUGCUGAUACUGGGGGCCAUUGCUGCGGCCUCUGCCUUCGUGGUCACCAUCCUCAUCGUACUGGUGUGUGUGGGGUGUCAGAGAAAAAGUAAAAGAAAACAUGCCCAAACCAAUGGAGGGGGUCAGAAAACAGAAACAGCUGCUCUGCGCCAUUCCAAGCUGAACUCCUUGAGUAAAUCUGACACCCGUCUGUAUGACAUGAACCGGUUUCCCUGCAACGCCAAUGGUGCCCCUAAAAGCCGACCGGCCAGCAUGGACCUUCUUCUCCUGCACACCCGCCGCUCCAACUCUGACCUCCACCCCCUGAGCUCUGCCCACCAGAUUCCUCGAGCGAACACCUCUGAGAAUGGGGAGCGUGAACACACCUACUCCGUAUUCUGCCGUCGCCCGUCUCCCAAUCCCCCUCUCACAGACGAUGGCCUUUACGAGAGUGUUGGGAUUAAGGGGGCGGGACAGGAUGCAGCUGCCCCGCCUCCUGUUCCUCUCUCAACAUUAGCCAAUAUGCCCGCCAAGUGCCACGCCCACAGCCCUACGCUCAGUGGGAACAGCCGUGGCAGGGAAGGUAUGAAUGGUGAAAAUCAGGAGGCGGUGACGGCAGAGUAUGCUUCCAUACGAAAGGGGAAGAAGCUGGAGCGCAGCAGGAGAGAGGAAGUGGUGGAAAAUGAGCGGGAGCAGCACACUGUGUCCAGCACUGAGUCCUCCAGCAGCACUUUGCACAGGAAAACAGUAGAGCCAUUUCACCUGCCCAAUUUCCCUAAGAAGAAAGUCUUACACAUCCAAGAUGGCACGAGGGAGGCAGUGUUCAUGGGCAACGGUGAGCAGUACAUUUGGAAACCACCAGAAGAGGAUGAAAUCAUGAUGCCGGGGGUCCCUCCACUGGAGAACGGGCACAGCCAUCCUACUGCAGUGGAGAUCUCUGACAUGUACUCUACUGUUUGUAAGACCCUGAAGAGGAGACACCAACCGGACCAAAGCCAAGAGGAAAACAGGCUGAUGGCCUCUACUGCAUCCCAAGUGGUGGGGCGGGGUUCGGGGGGCACCGUGGGUUGGCCCGCUGGCAGUGCUUCGGGGGAAGAGGCAUGGGGGAGGAGUUUCCCCCAGGAAGAGCCUUGCUAUGAACCAGUGGGCGAGAAGAUGUGGCCCCGCGGCCUGGCACUUGAGUCAGAACCGGCUUACGCCACCAUCGAUUCACACCGGAAGCGGGAGAAGCUGGCCAGCAACACACUGAAGGCCAAGAAGAAGCCUGGUGGUCCACCUCAGGGGCCAGGAAGAGCCAUGACCUGUGAGAACUUUUACGAGAAUAUCAGUGACGUAAAGCAAGGGGCAAAUGCAGCAAGUACCACCACUAUCUUUACCUUUAACGAUGGAAUGGAAAUGUAUGUUACGGGGCUAUAAAAACCCUCAGUAAAACAGUCAAAUAAAACACCCACAGAGGGGACAAGAAUAAACUGGAGCCCACUUGUUCUGACAGAUAAAAAGAUACAGCGUAUUGCUGCCAAGCACAUGCCAAUAUACAUCCCUGAUGAAAACAGUCAUCUUAAACCAGCCUUAAGCUAGUCUUUACUGGCCUUUCUGCCUGGUCAUGUUGGUCUGUUGGCUGUUUUUUUUUUCAGCUGGUCAGGCUGGGAGUCCAGCAAACUAGCUUAGGCUUAAGCAUAUUUUUCCAGCAGGGAUACGUCUCUAAAACCAUAACCAAUGCAUAUUUAUUGUUACAAUUGGAGAGCACAAUCAAUUGCAACACUCGCAUGGGAAAACACUGAAUUGGCUGAACCAGGCCUGCAGCCGAGCUGUUGUUUGCAAGCAUGCAUGCUAACAGAAUCCAGGGAUCUAAACAGGUUUUUCCACUAUGCUGCAGUCACUAAUGAAAGGGUUAGUUUACAGCAGGAUGAAAGUCAAUACCACUGUAAGAGGCACAGGAGGCAUUCUAGCAUUCAGUCUGUGCUAUGCAUUAAUUGCUGGUCUAAUUAAACAUGCGCUAGAUCAGUGUUCUCCAAUCCUGAGUCCAAAUUUGCAUACUUUCAGACUAUGAACUGAACAUACAAAGAACAUACUUCUCUGCUGUUAAUAAAGGAUGUUUAUGGUAACACUUGUUUAACAUCCGCCUUCUUCACCUGCAGUAUUUCGCUAUGCAGGGUGAAAUUUGACCAAGCCUUAAUGUUGGGAGUACUAUGAGGAUUGGGAUUGGGAAACACUGCACUAGUGUGUUGCACCCUGUUUUUAAGAUGUCGAAUCUAAACAAUAGUUCAACUUUUCAAUAUCAGUUUUAAAACAGUGUACCAAUGAGAUAAACCCAAUGGUGGGUUAAACAUACUGUACUUAUAUAUGGAAAAGGUUUUUUUUGUGUUUAUAUUAGUAACAUUGUAUGGGAGUUAA